UCAAAAAAAGAAAAACAAGAAAAAACAAAAAAUAAAUAAAUAAAAAUAUUUUAGCAGCAGAAGAGGCGCGUUACGGUCUCCGCUAUUUCCCCACUCGUCGCUGCAACAAAAGCCCUAAAGCUAAUAAAUCUCUCACCCGAGUCAACUCAGUCCUCUCACCUGGACUCUUACUCAUCGUCAUAGGACAAUACAUACAGGUUUUCUGUAUCUCGAGACAGGCAUUGACUGAUAGAAAUGACGGAGGGCUCCGACGACGCCAAGGACAUCGAGAAGCUCUACGAGUACGGGGAACGCCUCAACGAAGUCAAGGACAAGUCCCAGCAUGCUGAGGAUUAUGAGAACAUAAUAAAGGCGGCAAAGAGCAGCAGUGUGAAAGCGAGGCAAUUGGCUGCGCAACUAAUCCCUCGGUUCUUCAAGUACUUUCCUGGUCUAUCGGUUAAUGCAGUUGAUGCACAUCUUGAUUUGUGUGAAGCUGAAGAACUAGGGAUACGGGUGCAAGCAAUUCGUGGGCUUCCUCUUUUCUGCAAGGAUACACCAGAGCAUCUUUCUAAAAUUGUUGACAUUCUUGCCCAGCUCCUCACUGCUGAGGAAAAUGUGGAGCGUGAUGCAGUACAUAAAGCACUAUUGUCCUUAUUGAGGCAGGAUGUAAAAGCCUCUUUGACAGCCCUCUUUAAGCAUAUUGAGAGUGUUGACGAGCAGAUAACGGAUGAAAAUUUACGUGAGAGGACCCUACUUUUCAUUAGAGACAAGGUCUUUCCACUUAAAUCUGAGCUCUUGAAGCCAUCGGAGCAAAUGGAAAGGCACAUAACUGAUUUGAUAAAAAAGAGCCUUCAAGAUGUGACUGGAGCUGAAUUCAAGAUGUUUAUGGAUUUCUUAAAAAGCUUAGGCAUGUUUGGUGAGAAAGCUCCUCCAGAGCGGAUCCAAGAACUUAUUGAAAUUAUCGAAAGUCAAGCUGAUCUGGAUGCCCAAUUUAAUGUUACAGAUGGAGAUCAUAUAGAUCGACUGAUAUCAUGUCUGUUUAUGGCUCUUCCGUUUUUUGAGAGGGGUGCAUCUAAUAGCAAGUUUUUCAACUAUUUGAACAAGCACAUUUUUCCUGUUUUUGAUAAGCUUCCCGAAGAACGAAAAGUGGACCUGCUUAAAAACCUUGCUGAGAGUUCGCCUUACACCUCCCCACAAGACUCGAGACAAGUUCUCCCUGCUGUUGUUCUUCUCUUAAAGAAGACAAUGCCCCGAAGAAAAGCAGGAGAAGAGAUGAACUUUACUUAUGUUGAGUGUUUGCUGUAUACAUUCCACCAUUUGGCUCACAAGGCACCAAAUGCAACUAAUAGUUUGUGCGGUUACAAGAUUGUGACUGGGCAACCCUCAGAUAGGCUUGGAGAGGACUUCUCAGAUCAAUACAAAGAUUUCUCUGAGCGAUUGAAUUGUGUUGAAGAUCUAGCCCGGGCUACCAUGAAGAAGUUGACUCAGGGAAUGGUGGAGCACAAUAAGGCACUGGCAGCUGCUGCAUCUGAUGAGGCAAAGGCUAGCAUUAAAAUACAAAAGCAGAACACCACAACUGGAUUAAGGACUUGCAAUAACAUCUUGGAUAUGACGCAGCCUUUGCACUCCAAGACACCUUCAUUUAUUGGAGAUAAGAGAAUAGAUUUAUCUUGGAAAGAAGCAGUGAAACCGUCAGCUACAUCAACUGCUGCUGCUGUAGGGAAGCGACCUGGUGCACAGAAUGGUGCUGGCAAUAACCCUUCGAAAAAGGGGCGUGGAGGUGGCUGUACACAAACUCAGCCCUCUAAUAGGGCAUUUGAUGGUCUACCAUAUGGAGGAAGAAAUGUUGGGGGUAGAGGCAGGGGACGCGGGCGACGAGGGAGGGGAAGGGGAAGGGGAUUCCGGUAGCUUUAUUUCUGCCAUCAUUAUAUAAAAACGUUGGAACUUGUUGAUAGACCGGAAUAUGCGAGGUUUGAAUCAAAUUGCACUAAUAUACACCACAAUUAUGUAUUUUGAGCAAUUUUGAUGAGGGGGAGAGAGGGAUUGAAAAUUUAUCUUUCAAUUAAUUUGAGAUCUUCUAUUUC